AUGGUGUCGUCAAUUCAAACGAGGCUAGAUGGCCAGCCAGAACUUCGCAAAGUCAAGCACAUAUGUUGUAUCGGUGCAGGUUAUGUGGGAGGACCUAGUGGCGCCGUGAUUGCAAACAAGAACCCCAAGGUUCGAGUGACCAUUGUCGACCUGAACGCAGAACGCAUUCAAGCAUGGAAUUCGGAUCAUCUACCAGUCUAUGAGCCUGGCCUGAAUGAGCUUGUCAAGACUGCAAGGGACGGCGUUCCCGGUGUCCGUGAACCAAACUUGUUCUUCUCAACACAAGUCGACAAAGCCAUUGCAGCAGCCGACUUGAUUUUCGUCGGUGUCAACACCCCUACCAAAACCCAGGGUGUGGGAGCCGGAAAAGCCUCUGAUCUGGGGUGGCUCGAAGCUGCCACUCGCCGGAUCGCCAAGGCAGCCGAGCAUGACACCAUUGUCGUGGAGAAGAGCACAGUCCCCUGCCGGACGGCCGCCAGUCUCAGGGAGAUCUUGCAAGCCAACGCCAAACCCGGGGUGAAUUUCGAGGUCCUGUCGAACCCCGAAUUCCUGGCUGAAGGCACGGCCAUCAAGAACCUCCUUCAACCCGACCGAAUCUUGAUAGGAUGCUUGCAGACCGAGCAAGGCUGGGCGGCCGCGCGAGAAUUGUCCGAAAUCUAUGCUUCGUGGGUUCCCCGCGAAAAGCUCAUAACGAUGAACCUGUGGUCCUCGGAGUUGACCAAACUGGCCGCCAACGCCAUGCUGGCCCAGCGAAUCAGCAGCAUCAACGCCUUCAGCGCCAUUUGCGAGGCGACGGGUGCCAACAUCAACGAAGUGUCCUACGCCUGUGGCCUGGACAGCCGUAUCGGUCCCAAAAUGCUUCAAGCAUCCGUGGGCUUCGGUGGGUCCUGCUUCAAGAAAGACGUUCUCAAUCUCGUCUACAUCGCCGAGAGUCUGAACCUCCCCGAGGUGGCUGCCUAUUGGGAGAACGUGGUAUCAGUCAACGAGUACCAGAAGAGCCGGUUCACCAAACGUAUCAUCAACGCCCUGCACGGCAAUCUCUCGUUGAAGAAAAUCACCGUGUUGGGCUUUGCCUACAAGAAAGACACAGGCGACACUCGAGAGAGCACCGCCAUCACCGUCGUCAACAACCUCAUUGCUGAGAACGCGCAGAUCAGCAUCUACGACCCCAAGGUCACGGAAAGCCAGAUCAUGAAAGACCUGGCAGAACAAAAUAGCCCCGAGGCCCUCAAGAAGGCUGUGACCGUCCACACGAAUCCUUACGAAGCAUGUGCCGAUGCCCACGCCGUCGAGGAGCUCCCCGGCCGGCUCGACUGGACACGCAUUGCGUCGAGCAUGCAGCGGCCCAUGUACGUGUUUGACGGGCGCAACAUCAUUGACGCGGCCAAGUUGGAGAAAUUGGGCGUAAGGGUUGAGACUAUCGGCGUAGCGAGCUCAUGGAGGUUCGAUGCCAACCUCGCAAAGUGA